AUGUUGAUGUCCAAGAAAUCGGCAUCAGCAAAGCAGAGAAUGGGAACUUAUGAUGUGUCUAAGAAACAGGCUGUGGAUCUGUUGAGAGCUUCAUUGGUGACGACUUCAUGUGCUUUAAGCACUGCCUUAGGUGAUUUUAUUGCAAAGAAGGCAGAACCAGUUUGUGAAACACCACAACUUCGAAGAAGCCAAAGGAAGAAACAGAAAGUCAGUGAUUGUCAAUCCUCCUAA